UUCCGAAAAUGAAGUAUUUCUCUAGUUUACCCUACUACCUUUCUCCAAUUCAUUGCAAUGAACUCGUUUUGAUAAUUAUCAUAUAGGUCCAAAUGGAUGUGUUAGUUUACAAAGAUCGCCAAAUAAGAUUCACGGAGAUUUGACACGGAAAGAUUCAUCAAAACCAAUAUUUCCUGCCGUAUUCUUCUUCAUUUACACCAGAAAGAAAGAAAAUAUAAGGUUGUUUUUAAAUAUUUUUCUCGGGAAGAAUCUCAGCCAUUCCGGACCGAACCAAACCAAAGAAAAGUUGAGCUGACAUCUUUGAAACUGAUUGUCCUAUCCUGAGAGCGGUUUUAUAAACAGUUUACUUUUAGCCUUCGGCAACAUAUAUCGCCAAGUUUAAUCGACUGCUGUCGUCAAGGCAACGGCCUGGAAAUUUUUUGUUUUCUUUGUUAUUUAUUCGACUAUCAUGUUUGCAUUUGAGUUUUAGAUGAUACAUUCGGAAUUUUCGCUACCUUUUAUUUACAUUUCCUCUUGACAGCGUUAUCUGUGAUUUAUUUUAAUGAACAAGUAUUGAACGAAUGCAGUACAUUCGUGUGAAAGUAUAUGUAAGAUAAGAAUUAAUACUCAUUUCCGGUAUAAUGGCUGUUCUGAGUAAAUUAAGAGAAUUAUCAUUGCCUUAUAAUUGUUAUGAAGUUGGUCAUACAUGGGAUCCAGAAUGUUAUACAGCAGCUCUUUCUGUUGGUGCUUGUUGUUUACUCGAAGGAAUGAAAAUAUAUGCUCCCUUGUAUUUGGUAACACAAAUUCUACAGAGAAAAUUUUCUUUGAAAGCCUUUAUAAACACUUUACAAAGUACAUAUACAUCAUCUUGUUUUCUGGGAGUCAAUGGGUUUGCCUUCAUAUUUAUAUUCUGCUUAUUCAGAAAAGCUAUGGGAAAAUUUUACUACUUGCACUGUUCCUAUUUUCCAGCAUUUGUUGCUAGUUUUCUUGCUAUAUUAGUUGAAAGAAAAAACAGAAGAGGUCCUUUAGCUCUUUAUGUAACUAAUGUGGCAACAGAAACAAUGUUUCGAAUGGCUGCUGCAAGAGGCAUUGUAAAACCUUUUCCUAAUGGAGAAAUCUUACUAUUUAGCACAACGAUGGCCCUUUAUCUUUACAUUGUAAAAAGACAUGGAUUUACUAAAGACUUUGUCAGUGCUGCAUUUAGGUUUAUAUUUGGAAAAGAUGAAGCCAAACCACGAGUCAAAGCUAUUGAAUCUUAUUCCACAGAACAAGGUAUCGAAAGAAAGCCCAUAUCAACUGUGGAAUUUCCUCUAAAUGAUAUAAUGCCAAACAUUAAUACUCUUCUUGAUGAAGCUGGAAGCACAUUUUUUCAAAGAAUUUGGACCACAACGAAGCAUACCUCAUGUUCUCAUACUUCUAGUUGUACUCAAUACUGCUUGCAGGGCUUCUUACGGCCUUUUCUAAUAGGAUAUCUAGCUUUCUCAGGGAUUCGUUGUUUUUCAAUGAGCAAAAGACUGCUGCACAAUCCUUCAUUUUUAUUACGUUUGCUGACUGAAAAGAAGACGUUAAAUCUUGGAUUAUUUCUAGGUGGUUUUGGAGGAACUUUUAGGUUUAUUAAUUGCUUAUUAAGAUGGGUGUUCCAAGAGGAUAGACCUAUAUAUGCUAUUCCAGCUGCAUUUUUGGGUGGUCUCUUUAUGAAGUUCUUCCCAAGUUCGACACUAUCACUCUACCUCAUGUGGAAAUUAAUAGAGAACGGGUAUUUAUUAGGCAUAGAAGAAGGUGUACUACCUAAAAUAAGAGGAUCUAUGUUAAUGCUUUAUGCAGUUUCUACAGCCUUCUUGUUUUAUGCGGCUGUUCUGGAGCCUCACAAUUUAAAGCCAGCUUAUUUGAAAUUCCUUACUAGGCUAACUCAUAACAAAAUUGGAGAAAUCAAUCGCCAUGUUUUGGAUAUUUUUGGUACUCAUGCUUCUAGAAUAUAUUCAGAUUUCUGGCCAGAACUCGAUUUAAAGCACACUAGCCGAGUGUUUCAAGAAAGUGUGUUGCUAUGGUUGAUUCAUUAAUAGAGAACCAUUCUAUUUAAAAGAAAGCUAUUUAUUUUGUUUAAGAACAGAGACUAUUGCUGUGCCUUUGUAAUAUCACUUACUGAAUUUUGGUACUGUACAAAGCUCUUAUAGUAUUUUAUUAAGAAGUAUUUUAUAUGUAAUUUAUGAAUAUGGGAAAAUCAUUAUUUGUAUAUUAGUACGUGGGUCAUUUUUUGAAUGGCAUGGAAUAUUUAACAUUAUUUUCUGUUACUUUCUUAAAAUGUUUAUCAUAAACUUGUUAAAUGAGAGAGCACUGAUAUAUAAAAUAUAUUGUGGUUAGCUAAUCGAAACCACAUAUUUAUGCUGGUAAUUUAAUAAAAAGAUAUUUUUUAAAUGAUUAAUAUUGAAUAUCUUGUUCUUCUUAAAACAGUGUGUAACAUCACGUCACUUUUUUAAUACUGAUACGUAGUUGUAGGAAACUCAAUGUGAAGCAUCAAUAAUCAGUUAAAAUACUCUUGAAUUAAUUAUAAAUGUCAGCAAUAAUUUUAUAAAAAAUGUUUUGUUAUUUUUGUAUGAUUUUUUUUUUUUUUGUGCGUGUUUCAUUUUUUCAUUUAUCAGUGUCUUAUAUUGUUUUUACUGUGUCCAAAAAAUUUUAAUUUUCUCAUUUUUCCAACUCAUUUUCUUUUUAAAUGGUCAGCUAGUAAUUUAUUUGCAUUAAUUACUCAUUCUUUCCAUUGUUUUUUGUUUGGUUCUGUACAUUCCAAUGACACAUUUAAUGGAACUUAAUUACUCAAUUGGGAAAUAACUCCAAAUUAUAAAUUUUGAGAUACAGCUGUAUUUUAAGAUUACUUCAAAAAUAUUUAUGUACAUGCAUUCAAAAUAAAUUAUUAUACAAUAAGCGGCUUAUUAUAUAAUAGAUUGGAGUUUUGUUCAUUCCUAAUAAUAGAUUACAUAUAUUUAGAUAUAGUUUGCAAUGGUAAACUUAGAAUCCAUAAACUAAUAGUUGUUUCCCAAUUGUGUAACUAAAUUCAAGUAUCAAUGCAAUGAAUAUAAUUGUGUUAGAUUUAAAGCAAUAUUAUAAAAUAAUUUUUUUUUAGGUAGACUUUUAAAAAAGCAUUGUUAAAUAAUGUUAUGUUUAUUUCAAUUUUCAAGUUCUAAAUGCGCAACUAUUAUUUUUAUGUGAUAAAUUUUUUUUCAUAGAACUAUUAUUCAUAUUUUUUAAAUUAAAUUAGGAUUGAUUUGCUGAAAAAAAAAUUUAUACCUAGAAAUCAAAAAUUAUUUUAGGUUAUAUAAUGAUUAGAUUAGAUUAUUUUGUGGUGGAAAUUUCAAAAUGUGUAGCUAAUACAGCAUUAAGUAUGAAAAAAAAAAAAAAAAAAAAAAAAAACCUGUUAUUGUUUUAGCAAUAUUUUUUUUAAAUUUUAUUUUAGGAGUGUAUGAGCUAUAGGACAAGAGAUAUAGUGCUUCAUAUUUAUUAUAUUAGUUUUUCAGUUUUCCUUCUAUAAAUAAUGUUAAUGCAUACCAUUUUAUUUUGAAAAAAAUUACAAAGAAUUUUCAUUGUAAUCAAUAAAUAUAUUUACUUUCACAGGUUUUAUGAAUUGAGACUAAUUACUUUAACAAUGAAUUAUUUUAUCACCUUAAAAGAUAUGGUUAAAUUUGUUCCUGAGAUUAUAUAAUUGCUUGAUAUUAUGUUUGUGUUAUGUUAUUUUUUCCUUUUAUUGUUUGUACUUAAUAUCUUUUUUUCCAAUGUUGUCCAAUUUGUUUGAAGUUUGUCUCUAGUAUACUUUAAGGAAGUGGUAUCCAGUUUUUGUACAAGGAUAAAAAAAAUUAUUCAUUGUAUUUAGCUGUGAUAAUAUUAAAAUAUGUUUCCUGUUCAUAUAUUUUUAUAAAUGGAACCAUCAUAAAUUGAUUCCAAGUUUUUAUUUUUACUUAAAAAAAUGCAAUAAAGUAUUAUUAUUUAA